UGGGCCUCCCAAAGUGCUGGGAUUACAGGCUUGAGCCACUGCGCCCGGCCAACAGCCGUCUUUUAAAAAGAUCAAAGCCUAUGAAUAACUUCAAAGCUUUCACCGGCUCUCAGAACCCGGUGUCCUAUGGAAAGCCCGAGACUUGGGUCUCUGCGUGACUCAGGCCAGGCGCCCUUCUUCCAGACUCUGCCUGCUCUGCUGAAGGAGCUGCAGCCCCGUUACUGUGCUGAGCCUCUCGCGGGGGCAGCGGUUUCACGGGCCCUGGAGGUGGGGCCGGGUGUUCGUGUGCUUUGGGACCAUCACAGGCAUCCAGCCUGCAGAGCACCCCCCGCUGGGGGAGGGAGUUCCCUGCCGGCCCUUGGCUGCAGCUCUGCACCUCCAGGCCUCCUAACUGCUGCCACCAACACCCACAUGUGGCCCAGGCAGCCCAGUCUCAUGGCAGUUGGGAGCCUUGGCACCCCUCCCUGUUGCUACCUCUUGCAUUCCUCCAGUCACAGGGCCGCGUGUAGCCUCUGGGGCGUUGUUUGCAUCUGUCCCAGGUCCCCGGCUGUCCACUUGCUUAGGCCUGGUCACCUCAGGCCAGCAGGACACACGAGCCCCUCACAGAGCCCCCUAGACAGCCUCCUGCUCACCUGCCUGCGUCUACUGCUCCUCCCUGAGCCCUGGUCAGCCCCUUGGACAAUAUUCACAACAUCCUCCUGCAACUUGCACGGCAUCUGCAGGUGGCUGACCCUCAGCGAACCUGAGCAGCGAAGGUUUGUCCACAGGAGGGAAGCGUCAUGGAAGCUCUUUGUGAACGAGACUCAGUUCAGGAAAAGGAACAGGCUCGAUGGGGAUACGACCACUGCAGCCAGGCCCGGCGGCUGGGAUGCACCUUUCCGAUCAGGAAGACGUGGGACCCAGGGCUUGCAGGCAGUGCAGUUCGACAUGAUGCGUGCCUGCAACCUGGUGGCCACGGCCGCGCUCACCGCAGGCCAGCUCACCUUCAUCCUGGGGCUGGUGGGCCUGCCCCUGCUGUCACCCGAUGCCCCGUGCUGGGAGGAGGCCAUGGCCGCCGCGUUCCAACUGGCAAGACAAGACAGAGUGAGGAGAACACGCUAGCACGUUCCACACACCCUAAGCCGACGGUGAGGGGCCUGCACGAGCACACGCCAUGUGCCUGGCUCAGACACAGAUGCAGACGGCACGACCAUCACGAGGACCCUGGCUUCCCUAAGCCACCAUGCGAGUGGGGGAGGAGGCCCGGCCUUGCAGGCGAGGGGGCCAUCGCUGCUCAGAGCCUCCUCUCAAUGCUCUAGACCCAACGCCCUGGGACAGAGCUUGAAAAGACCUGGCGUCGUAGAGGGUGACAGUGAUGAGGUCGUUGUAAAUGACCUAUGGAAUGGUCCUGCAGCGUUCUAGACAAGUGGUGGAGCCACAGCAGUGUCCAGCCAUGACCCCCAGCGACCCGAGGGGCUCUGCUGGUCUUCUGUGGCUGACUGAGAGGUGUGAGGACCGCGGGCACCUGCGGCAGGCUCAGGUCUCCUGCUGCUCACUGGGACAGGUCAGCCUGGUGACCGCAGAGACAGGGACACAAAGAAAGCGAGCACGUCAGCCCAUGGCUGAGCGUGGCCAGCACAGAGCUGCCCGCACCCUCCUCCUCCUCCUCCUCCUCCUCGGGGCCAGUGCGGUAUUCUGCAGGUUGCCCUGCAGCUCCCACAGAGGAAGUGGCAGGAAGUCCAGAGUGAAUCAUUCUAGGAAUCAUGAUCCUGGACCCUUAUCUUUCUUGAGAAAUACAAUUUCCAGAAUGAGGCUGACAGACGGCGGGGGCAGGUAUUCCUGCACUGGAAAGUGCCCCAGGGCGAGUCAGGCCGGGCUCUCUGGGCGCUAUUAAUAGCAUGGUGUGAUAGCAUGGUGUGGCCUUGGGCAAGUCACUUCCCCUGGCGGACAGGGGCGGGACGGGAGGGUGCCUCCAGGCUUCAGUGGAAGAGCACAGGGCGUGGAGCCCGGAACUGGAGCUGCGUCUUGUCUCCAUCACCAUCCACGUGGGGUCGGGCGGAUUACUGAGCUAACAUGAGCCUCUGCGUGCCCAAUUUCGAAAAGGGUAAUUUCUGCCCCCACCCAGCUGAUUGUAAGAACGAAUGAGACAGGCACGUGGGACAGAGGACUGACUCUGCCUCCUCCCCUCCUGCAUGA